AUGGACUUCGACUAUUCCGCGACAAGCAGCAGUCCUUGCGGUGCCGACGAAGCCAUGAUGAGCCGGCCGUCGUACUGCACCAGUUGUCGUCGGAAAACGGAGCACGCCAAUCCGCCCUGCCUGUGCCUGCUGCGAAACGGCCGACCGGCGCACGUGUCGUACUGUUUUUUCUGCCACAAGAAGCGAAUCCGGUUCCUGCCGUUCGACUGGUUUCACGCGAAAACCGGCAAACGGUAA